GCAGCAGCAGCAGGGCUCCGUCGCCGUCGGUGGAGGACGCGAUGGGCUACGUCCAGAUGGUGAAGGAGGCGUUCCAGGACGCGCACCCGGACAAGUACCACCUCUUCCUCCGCACCAUGGACGACUUCAGGAGCCAACGGAUCGGCAUCGCCGAGGUGACGUCGACCGCCAGGGCGCUGUUCCGGGACAGCCCCGAGCUGGCGCUGGGAUUCAACGUCUUCCUGCCCAAGGGACACAAGAUCCAGAUCGGGCUUGACGAGCUCGCCGCCUACCUCGUCCGGGACUUCACCCUGGACGAUGACGAGGACGACGAGGAUGCCCACUGACUCCGUCCAUACAUCACCAUUGUUGUGUCACCAUCUUCCGUUCUCCCUCUAGUUUUUUCCUCCUACAUUUUUGUAAAUAUUUUUUGGCACCGUUUCAUGCAUGCUACUCGAGUUUCUCAUCAGAAAAAUCAAGAAAACUUGUCUACCUUGCCUUGAGAAUUAUCGAGGAAUAAAA